AGCCACCUAGGAAUACACAUGCGUUUUGCUGUAUUAACACGUCUCCAAGCAGCAACAAAUAGGAAUUUGCAAUAGAUGCAAAUAUGAAGUGAAGAAUUAGUUGAACAAUGACGACAUCUAUGAUCCAGCCGGAUUGACUGGUUAGCCAACCUUACCUUAGCAACAGUAGCCAAGUACGAUUGGAGUUGAAAACCACAAGCUGUCAUUUUGCUGCGAAGUGUUUUACACUGAGGUGAUUUUUAUUUAUUUUUUUGCAUAACUAGGCUAGAUCGGUGAUGUUUGAAGUGUGCACUCUACACCAAAACAAUCAUUGCAGGGAGCUAACAUGGCAUGUAGCUUUAGCCAGUUUAGCUAAAACCCUAAAAUGAAGUCGACAAGCAAGAAUAAUUACAAACUAGAGCGUUUUUGGGGUAACUCUAAGAGCUUGCAGGUUACAUUAUUCAAUAAAUAUAAAUGAGGUUUUAUUUCAAAAUACGCACCCAUAUUUCUAUAAGACCACGGGACACGUCUCGCAGGUUGAUCUGAAAGCUUCCGUGUGGUGACGUGUUAUUGGGUGACGUCAUCCACCGGGACGGAAGCUAUCUUACGCGUUUUAAUGCAAACGUUUUAACAUAUGUUACAUGCAACUUAUCAUGUCUUAUAAAAAUGAUAUUUUAAUUUCGAGUAACUUUAUUUACACAAAAGUCUUAAAAGAUUCCAAAUUUAAAAGCAGGGUUUUCAACGAAAGUGCCGCUGGUCGAACGAAAUCUGUAUGCUUAAAGUGCUUAUUCAAGAAGCCAAAUCGUUUCUAAAACGUUUAUAUUUAGUGUUUAUAAAACGUUUUUAUUUAGCGCAGAGUAUCUUUGUUAUGGACUACAGAUCAUUUCAAAAUGUUUAAAUAGUCUUAAAUGUCUUAUAAUAAUAAAUAAGCGCAUAAUUCUGAAACAAUGUUGCAGGGGGAAAAAAAGAAUAUUUUUCAUCUUUUAUACAAGUACAGUAAUAAUCCAAAGUUUGAAAACACCUUCAAAUUUAAAAUAUAAUAAAAUAUAAUAAAUUUAAAUAUUCUCUCCAGCAGUCAUUUCCGUUCAAGUUUCAUGACAGCUAGUGUAUUUCUCCUUUUUUUUUUUUAACAAAUUUUGACCCGAACAUUUAUUACGCAUUAAAGGGAAUUUUAACACUAGUUUGGUUGUGAACGCAACUCGAGCCGGAGCGAAGGAGUUGCCCCUCUCUCAACAUCAUCAAAUUUAUGAUCUCUCUUGGAGGAAUAUCCUCUCGGUGAGCUGCGGCUUUAAUUUUGCACAAAAAAAUAAAUAAAUGCAAGCCUUUUGCAGCAUCCCAAAAAAGUCGAGCAUGCGGGUUUGAACCCUCUUCGUCCACGGAUGGGUCUGGCGGCGCCUAUCGCCUGAGACAUCAGUUGCAAUCCUCGGCGAGACGCAGACGGGAUGGGGGAGCGUUCGGACCGAGCCCCUCUGCUGGACUGGGAGGAGGUUCCGUCCGCGGAGAAGCCCACCGGUACUGACAACCGGGAGCGACUCACAAGUCCCUGUGGCUCCCCGGCUUCCACCGUGCCGGGGCUUGGGUGGAGCGGCGCUCCGGGGGGUCCAGACGGCUGCGGCGCCCCGCCCGCGACCUCCAUCACCCAGGCGGGCGUGGAUGGAUUGCUGCGCCCCGACGCAGUGGAGCAUCCCUCGGAUUCAGGACCCGGGGAUGUGCAGCUGGAAGAACGGAUCGUGACGUGGGAGGAAAAGGACCAAAUCGUCUCGGUUUUUGUGGUUGCGUUCAACACCAGAACAGGCAACAUGCUUGAGUGGUGCCUGCCCAAGGAUAUGGACCUGGAUGGAGUGGAGUUUAAAGCCAUCGCCAGCGGCUCCCACCGAGUCACCACAGACUUCAUAUACUUCCGGAAAGGCUCCUACUUCGGCUUGGCCUGCUUUGCCAACAUGGCGGUGGAGAGCACGGCGGAGCGCGGCGCCAGGAUGAAGUCGGUGGGCAUCCUGUCGCCUUCCUACACUUUGCUCUACCGCUACAUGAGCUUCUUGGAGCACCAAGUCAGACUCCAGCUUCAAUCCCCGGGCCACUACUCUCCCUUGGAGGCCUUCUACGAGGACAAGAGGGCACUGCUGCUCCCUAGCGGCGAUGACAUUGUUUCUCUUUGCCCCAUCAGUGCCUGGGGGGCCGCCAUCAAUCACAGCAUGCAUCCAGAAAUGAAGAUCACCCACCCGGCUGGCUGCAUGUCCCAGUUCAUCCGCUUCUUCGGCGAGCAGAUCAUGGUGUUAUGGAAGCUGGCGCUGCUCCGCCGGCGGAUCCUCAUUUUCUCCCCGCCCCCAGUGGGCGUGGUCUGCUACCGAGUGUACUGCUGCUGUUGCCUGGCAAACAUCUCCAUCCCCGGGGUGGGUGUGGCCGUGCCCGAGUUCAGGCCAUUCUUCUACGUCAACGUGGCCGACAUCAGCGCGCUGGAGAACGAGCUCUCCUACGUGGCCUGCACUACUGAGAAGAUCUUUGAGGAGAAGCGAGAUCUCUACGACGUCUACGUGGACAACCAGAACGUCAAGACCUACCGAGAAGGUCUCAAGCCAUUGCUCCGCAUCAGCACCGCCGAUCGGGAGAAGUAUCGCAAGCUCACCGAGCAGAGGAAGAUGCUGCUGUACUCCCAGGAGGAGAACGGGGAAUGCGUGUCCAGCGAAGAAGAUCUCUUUAUUCUGUUUUUCCUGGAGCAGAACAACAGGAUUUUCCAGACCCUGAGCGAGGUGGCAGCCAGCUUGGACCCGACGCUGACGGCCGAGAACGUGAGGGCCAUGGGCCUGGACCCGCACGGGGACCGGCUCUUCCUACUCCACCUGCUGGAGAUCUACGGCUUUGACACGCUGCUGCUGUCCGACCAGCUUUGCUGCAGCUGAGACGCCCAUCCUGGCAUCUGAAAUAGCCGAAUCAUCUUUUUUUUUUUUUUAAUAAUCUUGUCGCGUCCUGUAAAUAAUUUUUUGGUCUUUUCAGUGUCGGUCUGCCGCAGGCCGAGUUGAAGCAUUUAUGUACAAAUCAAUUUAUUUGUAAAACGUCAACGCUGUCAUUGAACUGUAUUUGAAGGACGUAUUUUUUUUUUAAAUUUUUUAGCCGGAGCUGAGACCAAAUUGAAAUCUCUAAAGUGGUGUCGGCGCAGACCUUUUUGCACGCUGCCAGCUGAGCCUCCUCAUCCAACGUCCAGUUGGGGUUUGAACACUAAUCAAGACAAGCACGGCUCCGCAGGGAGGAAGCUAAGUCUUUUUUUUUUUUCUGUCAUGGUACCAUAAUUUAUUCCCCCAUUGAAAUGAAUUCUUGCCAAAAACAUACACUAAAACUAAAUUAUUAAUGCUAAUUCCAUUAGCCCUUCUGUGGCAUUUCCCAUUUUGUGGUAGCAUUAAGCUAACAUAUUUUUCACUAACCUUUUUUUCCCAAAUAGGUACCAUUGUAGUUCCCUUCGUGAAUUAAUUUUCAGUUCAAUGGCUGUGACGUUCAUUGUGAUAACACAGGAUCAAAUGAAUGUUUUCUUAAGAUCAUUCCAAUCCUGUAAAGUCUCACUUGCUGAACUCAAGCAAACCUCUUAGCAGUUGUAGACACAACCCGAUUCAUGUUAAAAACUAUUUAUUUAUUUUACUGUAAACCAUUUCAGAAAUAAAGUACUC